CAUCUUUACUUAGAUUUUGCAAUUUUAAUGUUUUGAGAACUAGAGAUUUUCUCUUACUAGUUGCAGUAACUUUCUCUCUUGAAGUCCACUUAGUUCCUCCCAUUUUAACCUAAAAGCACUCUUUAAAUUCACAAAAUACUCCACUAAAGUUGUAGAUCUCAUCAAAACCUACAAGAUGAUGGUCUCCAACUUGUGAUUGUCCUUCUCUUUUAGGCUAUUUUGGCACAAGUUUAAUUGUUGCCACCAAAAAGGAAAAUAUGUGUCAUCUUCUUCUUCAUGAAGUAUCGGAUUGAGAUGAUUCUUUAGGCGUUGGAAAGCUAAGAGGCAGAGCUACAAUUGAUGUUUUAUGAGCUUAACCCAGUUCUAGCUGUAUCAAUACAGAUUUUUGGUUGAAAGUGACGGUUUUGAAUGAACAGAAUGCAGAAAUAAAGAGAAUUGGGUUGUGUUUUAUAAGUGUGGGCCAACUGCAGUCCAGGCCCAAACUAAAGCCCAUUACUCAUGUCUGCUAGGGUUAAAAGAAAUAAGGGUUUUAAUUUCUGGAGAGAUAUAAUAUGCUAGUCGGCAGAACAGAAGGGGGAGCCGUUGUUCUGCGCAACAGCACCCAGCCGUACAUCCCAGCCACCCACAUCUGUUGUUCACCAGAGAAGAAGAGGACAGCCAUAAGUGUGGGCCAACUGCAGUCCAGGCCCAAACUAAAGCCCAUUACUCAUGUCUGCUAGGGUUAAAAGAAAUAAGGGUUUUAAUUUCUGGAGAGAGAUAUAAUAUGCUAGUCGGCAGAACAGAAGGGGGAGCCACACAGACGCGAGAGGAGUUGUUCUGCACAUUGGAAGAGAAGCCGUCCAGCCGCCCAGCCUUCUUGCCAUCCGCAUCUGUUGUUCACCAGCAGCAGAAGAAGACACAGAACCGCACAAAUCUGCUCUGCGAAUUGAGAACGCAAGAACCAAUUCCGUUUGCAGAAGAGCCACGCUGCCGCCCAGCCUUCUUGGGAGAUCCCGACCACAGCACACCAUUCGGCAAACUGCAAUUCUUCAUUGUUUGGGUUUUGUUGUUUUUGAACUUUUUAUUAUGAAUUUCUACUGGGAUUUAUUUUUCAUGGUGGUUGAAAACAUAUACAUGUGUGGCUAGAAUUCUUUGAACUAGGGAUGGAUGGAUUUUAAUUUUUGGAAUAUGUGACUAUUUUUGUUAGUUUAAUUCAAGAUUUAUUGGUUAUUUGCAUGAUGAGUUUAUAUUAUUGAGUUUAAUGCAUUGAGAGCCUGAUCACCUUUCAAUUGAUUUAGUGAUUUAUGCAUGAACUUGAGAAAGAAUUGCAUAGAUUAGACCAAUACUAAUAUAAACCGUGUGCUAGACUAUGAGAUCGAGAGGUAAUUAGCUCACAUGUGGUAGUGGAGGAAGAGAAGAGAGUUAGUAGCUCCCCCUUCUUAACCUAGAGGUUUCCAUAGAAUUUAAUGCUCAUUAGUUUGUUUAAAAUUACAUAGAGAUAUGAUUAAUUUAGCAAACAAAUGAAGGAUUAGCUUGACUUGAGAAAGCUGGUUAAUUAAUUUAGGGAAAUCCGCCAUCUCAUGCAAUAACACUAUUAUUUGAACUUGAAUUAAAUUAAUGGAACAGUUGCAUAAUUCAGAAUUAAAUGAAAUCCAAACCC